AUGAACAUAAGAGCUAUUAUUCCUUGUUUUUCUUCUUUAUUUAAUCCUUCUUUAUUGGUUCCUCAUUUAAUUAUUAAUAAUUUCUCUCAAAUUCCUAUCAAUAUUUCUCAGACUUUAAAACUUCAUUUUACUCAUCUUUCUGAUUCUGAUAUUAAUAUUAAGGCUUUAAUCUUAGAUAAGGAUAAUUGUAUAACUAUUCCUGGCGAUCUUAAUCUUUAUUCUUCUUAUAACGAAAAAUGGCUUCAAUUAAAGAGAAACUAUGACUAUAUAUUAAUCGUCAGUAAUUCCUCUGGUAUUUAUACUAAAAAAUAUCAAGAUGAAGCUAUUAUAUUAGAACAGAAUCUGGGCGUUUCUGUUUUUCGUCAUAAAAAAAAGAAACCUCAUUGCGCUUCUGAUCUUUUAAACUUCUUAUCUAAUAUGAAUAUUUCUCCUAAUCAAAUCGUCGUUAUUGGUGAUCGUCUUUUUACUGAUAUUUUAUUGGGUAAUUUAAUGGGUACUUGGACAAUUUGGAUUAAACAUGGUAUAUCAAAAAAAUUUAAUAUGGUAUUUCUUUCAUCAUUCAUCAUUCAUCAUUCAUCAUUCACUCAUUCUCUCCUCUCCCCCCUCUCCCCCCUCUCUUUCUUCUCUCCCCCCCCCUCUACUAACUCUCGACUUAGUUUUUAUACAUCGAAAUCCUUAUAUACAAAAUCAUCAGGUCCCUCAAAUUUUCACCUCUUUCACCUCUUUCUUCUCAAAAAAUACCCCAAAAAAAUCCUUAACUCCAUUCUUUCACUUCGUUCUUCUUAUUAUACCCAUUAA